GCAGUAAACGGGAUGUGAUGAGUGGUAAAAGCUCGCGCUGUGUGCGUGAAGAGCAGCCGCCCAGAGCCUGUUACGACAACAGGGCCUGCUCCCAUCUUUACCCUUCUGAUCCCAAAAUCUGUAAAGCAAACCUCAAAACUUUCUCGUUUGGAUACAGCCCAGCAUCAUUGGGCUCUUUUCGUGUUCGAUCGGACUAACAGGUUUGGAUACUUCAGAGAUCAUUCAUCGAAUAUCCACCACAAAACCACGGGCCACUCUUUAGCUGCGCUAUCCUUUAUUGCCACGACACCACGUGUCCUCGUGGUCUGCAAGAAGGAUAAAAGUGGAGGGAUUCAGCUUGCGGUCUUGCUGGAGGAGGGAUGGAAUCCACCCUUUGCAGUAGCUGCAGCUUUUCGGUGACGUACGCACCCCGACAUCAGCUCCAUCCGAAGAGGUGCAGCGCAGUAGCAGCGAACGGAGGUGGACUUAGAGGGGAUGGGAACAGAGCCACGGGGUUGUUCGGGAGAAGGUGCGCGUUGGCUUCUAGUUUGUCGUUGGUUUCCGGGAUGGUGUUGGGGUCUCCUGGAGAUGGGUCGGCAGUGACGCAGGGUCUCUUGGCCGGGAGGAUCCCCGGCUUAUCUGAGCCUGACGAGAAUGGUUGGAGGCAAUAUCGUAGACCGGAUGACAAAUCCGGAGGCCAUGGAGUGGGUUGGAGUCCAAUAAUCCCAUACAGCUUCAAAGUUCCAGAUGGCUGGCAAGAGGUUCCCGUAUCGAUUGCAGACCUCGGUGGCACAGAGAUUGAUCUAAGAUUUGCAAGCUCCAAGGAAGGCCGACUGUUUGUUAUCGUAGCUCCUGUUCGACGAUUUGCCGACAUCGAAGGAGAAGCAGAAAUCGAAAUGAUUGGACCACCGGACAAGGUCAUCAGUGCUUUCGGCCCCGAAGUAAUUGGUGAAAACGUAGAAGGUAAAGUAUUGAGCAUGGAAGUAGCAGAACAUUCAGGAAGGAAAUAUUAUCAAUUUGAAUUGGAACCACCUCACGUCCUAAUCACAGCUACGGCUGCUGGAAACAGACUCUACUUGUUCAAUGUAACAGGAAGCGGUCUUCAGUGGAAGAGACACUACAAGGAUUUAAAACAGAUUGCGGACUCCUUUCGUGUCGUCUAGAAGCAAACUAAGUUGAUAUCUUGUAAAUGAUGGAUGGUUCUCGGUCAUCAAUAUCGUUUGAACAACGAAAGAAAUUUUUUGCUCAAGAAGAAGAAAAAGAAGGGAUGCUUCUGCACAGAAUUGUAAUGGUAAUCCAUGGAUUGCCUUCUUAGAGGUUGUAAUUUCUUAGGUAGCUUGCAUCCCUCCAAAUUGUACACCUUGCUAAAAUUAUGUAUCAUUUAGGAUUACUGGAAGCAUAGGUUGCCCUUCUGAGCUGCCCAAGCAUCAAUCAGUAAACAAGCUUUUGCA